CUCCGCCCCAACCAGCCCGGGACACGGACCGUGACUUCAACUUCCCGCUACUCUGGUACUUUCAGUUUUGAAGCGCAGUGAAGGCCCAGGCGGGGAGGGGGCUCGGCCCCCUCAAUUCAGCUACAAAUGUAACAAAUGUAACUGGGGCUGCAGCCUCGGGAGGGGAGCUCCGGGCUCUGAAUCCCCAGCUACACGGCUCGGUCUGAGAUCUCCGGACACACGGCGCUGAGGGCUGUUAUCACCAAUGGGCCUCACUGAAGGGAUUCUCCGGAGAAACUGGCACCUCCUGACUCUGAAUGUCAACCUGGCUGUGGGAAUGUCCCUGCAAAUUCAGAGAUUUCUCUGUUCAUCUGAACACAGACUGGGAGGCUGGCACAGAGCUGGGCUCCCUUUGUGACAGACCAAGCUACGAUGAUGGGGAAGGUUCCCUCGUUCUACCCCGGCUCCACAGUAAGCUCCGCUCUGCCUGGCUACGUCGCUCUCUGCCUCACUCUACAGGUUCACAGGCUGGAGUCAGCACAUUUCACAGUGGCUGGACCUGACCAUCCAGUCACUGCCUCUCUAGGUGGGGAGGCCGUCCUGCCCUGCCACCUCUCCCCCAGGAUGAGCGCUGAGAACAUGGAGCUGAGAUGGUUCCGAUCCGAGUUCUCUGCAGUCGUGCACCUGUACCGUGAUGGGCAGGAUCAGUACGGUGAGCAGAUGCUAGAAUAUCAAGGAAGAACUGAGCUCUUGAAAGACGACAUCACCAAUGGGAGUGUUUCCCUGAGAAUACGCGAUAUCCGACCCUCUGACGAUGGGCAGUACAAGUGUCGUUUUCGAUCCAGUUUCACUUAUGAAGAAGCUUUUUUGGAACUGCAGGUGGCAGGGUUGGGCUCUGAUCCUGUCAUCUCUGUGGAGGGACAUCAGGAUGGAGGGAUCCGGGUUGUGUGUCGAUCAGCCGGAUGGUACCCAGAACCCGAGGCUCAGUGGAGAGAUAUCCAGGGGCAGCUCUUACCAUCAGACACUGAAAACAUAUCCCCAGAGGCCAAUGGCCUGUUUCAAACAGAGAUUGCUAUUGUUAUAACAGAAGAAUCCAACCAGAAAGUGUCCUGCUGUGUCAGGAACCUUCUUCUCAACCAGGAGAGAGAGUCAGCGAUUUCCAUAGCAGAGCUGUUUUUCCCACGAGUCAAUCGCUGGCGGGUGGCUCUGGGGGUGAUCCUGGUUCUCCUGGCUGUUCUCAUUCCCCUGGCCAGUUACUGCUUCUGGAGGCAACACAGAGCAAAAGAGACGCUGCGAUCUGAGCUGGAGAGCAAGAAAGAGAUGCUGCAAUCUGAUCUGGAGAGCGAGAAAGCGGCACAUCAGGCAGAGAAAGACAAACUCCAGGCUGAGCUCAGGUGGAGACGCGCCCAGCUCUAUGCAGUGGAUGUGACUCUGGAUCCAGACACGGCAAAUCCCAAACUCAUCCUGUCUGAGGAUCAGAAACGUGUGAGAUGUGGAGACACAUGCCAGGAUUUGCCCAACAACCCUAAGAGAUUUGAUCCUUGUCCCUCUGUCCUGGGUGCUGAGGGGUUCGCGGGCGGGAGGUGUUACUGGGAGGUGGAGGUGGGAGACAAGACGAGAUGGGAUCUGGGGGUUUGUAGGGAAUCUGUGAGUAGGAAGGGAUGGGUCACAGCCACACCUGAGGAUGGGUUCUGGGCUGUGUGGCUGAGGGAUGGGGAAUACAAGGCUCUCACCUACCCCUCGACCUCCCUCCCCGUGAGCGUCAGGCCCAGGCGGGUGGGGAUUUUCCUGGACUAUGAGGCGGGCGAGGUCUCGUUUUACAAUGUGACUGACAGGUCCCAUCUCUUCACUUUCACUGGCACGUUCUCCGGGACUCUCCACCCUUAUUUCUAUGCUGGUGUCAACACUUCAGGUACAAAUGCGGCUCCCCUGAUAAUCUGCCCGGUCCCAGCUCAGACUGGAGGCAAUCUCUGUCCCUGACAGCGACACCUGCAGCACAAUCUGUCCUAUCACAGCACCGCUGCUCUUCUCGCCCUCCCCUCCCCCAGUGGGGGAGGCCAGUUACUGCAGCAACUGGACUUUUUGUGCUGACCUUGCGCUGCCAGUUUCCCUUUUCAACUGGUGGUUCCAGUUGAAAACCGGACACCUGGGAACCUCUAACCCUCACCUCUCCCUGCCCCCUGCCCCAGGGGUAGCAGAUGGGGGUGGACUUUUGUCAGAAUUUUGUACCCCUGAGCAGAGUAUCAGGGGGCACAUCACAUGGCAUUGCUAGGACUACUUUUUGUUUUAAACGUGAUGCGUUAUGAACAUUUUCAAUGUAAUAAUUCAGUUUUGAAGAUUUAUUCACACUGUGCCAUCCAUGGCAUGUGCCCUAAACUUACCUUGAUUAUUUGAAAAUAAAUACUCUACAAUUAUCUUUUGAUGGAUUCAUUUGUGGUUUUUAUCCAGUCUGCUGGUGUCUAGGUGGCAUAGGCUGUUGAAACUAUUUUUCCUAGACAAUUUUCCCCUAAACUUUCUUUCAGAAAUAUCUGUGUUCCUUUCCCUAUUUCUCACUGACUUAUGUGUAAUUACUGUGGUUUCUUAUCCAAUCUUAUUGUGUUAUUAUAUGGGAAAAUAUGUUGGCAAAUACGUUAACAUACCACAUGGUUUUUACUCCCUGACAGGAGAUAAAAAUGUGUUGUCACUCCCAAUUUACAGCAUGAAGUAUCAUGAAGAGAUUUCAGGCAAUGUUCAUUUUUAAAUUUCUAACUAUGAAUGGGCUCCUCCAUCAGUUCCUGCAACCCCGGGCUGGCAGAGCUCUUUGUGAAUUAAGCAGCAGGCAGUCUGCCAGGGAACUUCCACCGUGUCUCUUUAUGACUUUUUAUGGUGCCUCACAACAUAGCAGCAGUUACGAGGAGCCCCCUUCCUGCUCCCUGGUUCAGACUUUUAUACUGCUGCUUUCUUCUCAGCGCUGAGCUAGUAACCUCAUCCCUACAGGUGCCAGUGAUCCCCUCUGCCCUUCCAAACCCAAACUGCUCAGUCCUUCCUACUCUAACUGCUCCCGGUGCCCUGGGUGUGCUCAGUGACCAGGGUGCUGGCUUCCAAAGGGCUCAGUUUGUAGUCGUUAAAUGCCCCCUGUCACACGGCCAUGGUUGUGUAAUUGGCAAUAUAGUGAAAAUAACACCAAAUGUAAACUGUUACCUUAUUAUUCAAUUCCGAACCUAGAUCUGCCAGUAUCUGCUCUGGACAGCCAUGUUGAUAUAUAAUUUUACAUGUGUUCUUCUCCCCCUCAUGCGCUGUCAUGGAUCUAAGUGGAAAUUCUUCUACCUCUUUUGAAAAAUCAUCUGUAGCUGUCAGUACAACCUGGUAUUGCUUCUGUGGUACUGGAUAGAGCCCGAUUCAAUCUGCUCCCAGGAAUUUCCAGAGUUUGGCAACCUAUGUGCAAGAACACAGGCUAGAGUUCUCAUUUUAAUCUUUCCUGUGACAUUUUUAUUAUAAUCCCAUACAUAGUAAGCAAAGUAAAUGUUUUAAUGUGGUUGUGAUGUUCCCCUCUGGUGUUAUCUGGACCAGUGAUCUACUAGGUCACUCCAAUCCUUGACUCUGGGAGCCAGCCUUACCCUGCUCUGCUGUGAGAACCCCCACUCCUGGGCGGUUCAUGCACAGCCUCUGGCAUGUAAACUGCUCCUUGGAUUGUGCAACCAAAUGACACUAGCCAAUAUCUCCAAUCCCAGAUGCAACCCUAGAAAUCUCCGUCUUGCAGUGUCCAGUUAUGCCCGCUAGAUGCUGAAAGCUUAUAUGAGCUCGUCAAUUUAACAAAGCAAUUGAUAUGUACCAGGCUUGUUAUCCCAAGGGGAGUCUCUGACAUGCUUCAAACCAAAUGCACUGCUUCAGGUAGAACA